UCCAUCAAUUAAAAACAUUAAAACAUUUUGAGGUGCAUAUGUAAUUAUACGUUGCAACCUCAGGUAAACUUUUUCCUGAUUAAUAGGACCAGCCUUAACAAAUAUUUUAUUAGAAAGAUAUUGUCAUCAUAUUCUUUUAGAUGAUUGUCUUCACAAAUAAUUUGUAAAAUAGUGAACUCUUUAGGCCUACUGUGGUAUGUAGUGAUGAGGCAGAAGCUGAAGAGAUCGAAGAAAAUCGAUUUGUUCUUCCAAUGGCGGAAUUAUCUUCUAUUGACUAUCAGGUGCUGAAUGGAGAUGUGCCUAAGACAGAAAAACCUAGGAAAGUUUCAAUACUACCUCUGGUUUUCCUCAUCUAUUUUGAAGUGUCUGGAGGCCCAUUUGGAGCAGAGGAUAGUGUCAAAGCUGGUGGCCCCCUAUUAGCCCUUCUUGGUUUCCUGGUAUUUCCUCUUAUAUGGAGCAUCCCUGAAGCUCUCAUAACAGCUGAAAUGGGCACUAUGUUCCCUGAAAAUGGAGGUUAUGUUGUUUGGGUUUCAUCAGCCUUGGGACCAUUUUGGGGUUUUCAUCUAGGGUGGAUGAAAUGGCUAAGUGGGGUGAUGGACAAUGCUUUGUACCCAGUUUUGUUCUUAGACUAUCUAAAAUCAGCUUUUCCAAUUCUUGAGGAAGGGUUUCCAAGGAUUACAGCUGCACUUCUACUGACCAUUGCUCUCACGUACAUGAAUUACAGGGGCCUGCACAUUGUAGGAUGGACAGCUGUUUCAUUGGGUGUUAUAUCAUUGCUUCCUUUUGUUUUUAUGGGGUUUUUGUCCAUCCCAAAACUGGAGAUUUCUAGAUUGUUUGUUGUUGAUGUAAAAAAUGUGAAUUGGAGCUUAUACCUGAACACUCUGUUUUGGAAUCUGAAUUACUGGGACUCGAUUAGCACACUGGUUGGCGAGGUAGAGAACCCGAAAAGAACGAUACCGAAGGCACUGUUUUAUGCGCUGAUUUUGAUCAUAUCGUCCAACUUUUUGCCGCUUUUGACUAGUAUAGGGGCAGUGAAGCUGGAUAGAGAGAUGUGGACUGAUGGGUAUUUUGCUGAUUUGGCAAAAAUGCUUGGUGGUGUUUGGUUAUGGUGGUUGAUGGAAGGGGCAUCUGCUUUGUCGAAUAUGGGAAUGUUUAUUGCUGAGAUGAGUAGUGAUUCUUUCCAGCUUCUUGGAAUGUCUGAGAGGGGAAUGUUACCGCAGUUCUUCGCGUCAAGGUCUCGUUAUGGAACCCCAUUAGUCGCCAUCUUAUUUUCGGCAUCAGGGGCUGUUAUGUUAUCUUGGUUAAGCUUUGAAGAGAUCAUAGCAGUGGAGAAUUACCUCUAUUGUUUUGGGAUGAUUUUGGAGUAUAUGGCCUUCAUUAGCUUGAAAGUAAGAAAUCCAUUGGCUGUGAGACCUUUUAAAGUCCCUUUUGGAAUUGUUGGUGCCAUCUUGAUUUGCAUUCCUCCUAUGGUUUUAAUCUUGGUUGUUCUGGCUAUUGCUUCCCUCAAGACUAUGACUAUCAGUUUAGCUGCUGUGCUGUUUGGGUUCAUAUUGCCUCCAUUUAUUGGGUUCAUAAAGAAGAGACAUUUCAUAACGUUCUCCACCAGCUCCAACAUAUCUGAUUUUCAAGUCCGUGGCCAUGGCUAUAAUGAAUCAGUAAUUUGAGAAGGAACUUGUGACUUGAGGUCCAUCCUCGAUGAUCCCACAUUUGGAGGGAGGCCUUAUCUUCUACGGCUAACCUUUACUAAACUUCCAAAGGCCAUGUUAAAGCUUAAGCAUAACUUUGAUGGCAGUUCCUUGAUGAAACCUGAUCCUACAAUUUGUUGGUUGGGCCUAAGAGGAGCUUUGUUGUAUCGUUCUAAUUUUAACGGAUGUCUCUGAAGUGACCGCUCUGUUGUACUCCAGGUCCUAAGAAUAGGGACCAUAAAAGUCGAUAUCUCCACUUGGGUCACAAUGCUAAGACGAAGUAAGAGCCCAAGAAUUUGUUUCAAGCCCAUAUCUCAACUAGAAGAUUGCUGUUACAAAUUUGAGGAUGUGAGUUUUCGCCUGUCUAUCAAAAGGGGAAAAAAAAAGACAGAAAGAAAGAAAGAAAAAAAAUCAACUGUUUGUGUAAGUUUGUUGGCUGCAUUUCAAGGGGCCAUUCAUUG